AUGAUGUUUUUAUUUAUUAUUCUGAGUAUCUUAUUUUAUAUUAUCUAUCGUUUAUACCAAUAUAUUUUUUUAUCACUUAAAAUUAAUCCCAAUGGUAAAUAUGUGUUGAUUUCUGGAUGUGAUACAGGUGUAGGUCAUGCAUUAGCUGUUGAACUCGAUAAACAAGGAUUCAAUAUUCUAGCAGGUGUAUAUGUAUCGAAGAAUAUAAUUUCAUUAGAAAGUAAACUUUCAUCAAGAGCUACAGUUUUUCAUCUUGAUAUUACUAAACAAGAAGAUAUCGAUGCUACAUAUGAAUUAGUACAAAAGAAAACUAAUACACUUCAUGCACUCGUAAACAAUGCUGGAAUUAUAACACAUGGUUGUAUUGAUUGGACUUCUAUGGAAAUGAUGCGCAGAAUAAUGGAUGUUAAUUAUUUUGGACAUGUUAUGAUGACAAAAACAUUUUUACCUAUGCUUAUAACUAAACGUUAUUGUCGUGUUGUGAACAUGUGUUCAGCAACUGGUUUCUUUGCUUUUCCAAAUACAUCAGCUUAUUCAUCUUCUAAACAUGCACUUGAAGCAUUUUCUGAUUGUCUUCGACGUGAAAUGUCUCCAUGGAAUUUACAUGUUAGUAUUAUUGAACCUGGUACUUUACGAACGUCUAUGACUGAUGGUUAUGAAUCUAAUUUACGUAUUUUAUGGAAUGAACUUUCAUCUGAUAUUCAACAACGAUGGGGAAUUAACUUUUUAAAUGAUAUAAUUACUCAGUCGAUUAAUAGUCCUUUUAUUAAAUAUGCGGAUGAUCCACUUAAAGUAGUACGAGCAAUUCAACAUGCUGUAAUGAAUGUAAAUCCUUGUAUUCGUUAUCGACCAGGAUGGCAAGCUAAAGUUAUUUUUAUUGUAUUCUAUAUACCUCCUGUGUGGUUAAUCGAUAAACUUCUAGCUAAAGCUUUACAUUUUAUUCCUGCCGAUGUACGAAAACAACGUUUGAACUAA